AUGUUUUGCUCUAAUUGUGGGAAAUCUUGCAUUCCUAAUGCAAAGUAUUGUCACGGUUGUGGUAAAAGUGUCAACCAAGCAAAUAGUGAUACAACAAAUAGAGUUAGCAAACAAGAGGCACCUGGUUCGAGAGCAGAAGCCGAUGGUGAUAACAAUAGCGCCCCUUCUACUUCAUCUUCGAGUACUCCGACAAAUGCACGACCAGUCACUUUCUCUGAAUUUUGUUCUCGCAAGGAGGGCGAUCGAAGCAAACAUUUUAAACAAAAGAAAGAUGGUAAAAGAAUCAAAUUACAUGAUAAAUCUGGGAAAUCAAGCGAAGUGAAAAUAAACAUUGGGAUUAUGACGAAAAGAGAAGAUGUGCUUGUUGUUAAAAGAGGUGUAACUCUCCCAGUAACAGUACGAACGAAUAUAAACUAUGAUGAAUUGAUAAAGAAAGCAGUAGAGAAACAUCACCGUUUCAAUAAAGACAUUAUAAGACACGACGACAAAAUGUUCUAUUAUCUCCUCUAUGGUGACAAGAAAAAAGCAGAUAAGCUGCCUGGUUGUGAUGAAGCAUUUUCCUUGAAAAGAUAUAAAGAGGAAAUUGACAAGCCGUACAGCCGAAUUACUUUAUUUUUGUGCUCUUGUACAGAUUAUAUGGCUAGCAUUUUUAAUGACCUCUUUGACUCUGAUUCAGAUCCUGAAAUUGAUCCAGCGAGCUACUGUAUGGAGCAAGAGAUGCCUGAAACCUUGCCUAGUGGUUUAUAUGCACCUCCACCAGUUGUGGUACAAGUAGAUGAUGAGCCUGAGUUAAAUACACAGGUACAACAACCUCAACCAUCAACAACGAAAGAGGUACAGUGCCCAAUGUGCUUUUUGAUGUUUCCCAUGCAGCAUAUUCAAGAACACGCUGAUAACUGUUCGCCUUGGGCAGUGGAAUCAGAGCAGUCAGCAGAUUUGUCUGAAUGUGGAAUUUCAGCAGAAAUGGAAGAACCAGCAGAGCAGGUGUCGGAGUUAGAUAAGUCACAGUACAAGCGUUUGUUGAAAGAGGAGAUUGCCGGGUGUGCUACCCGCUUAUCUACAAAUGUGAAACGAAUAAACAUAAGAAGAAGAUUCUUAUAGGAAGAUUUUAAGGCUGCAAGGAAAAGUAGAAUUGGACCACUUUCUAAUUUGAAAGUGGUUUUUGUAGGCGAACCAUCUAUUGAUGAUGGUGGUCCUAAGAGAGAAUUAUUUUGUGGUAAGUCAUGUCAACCUCAUGGCAGUUAAUUAAAUUAUUAAAUCAGAGCCUGAAAUUAUUUCAACAUUUGUCCAUACAAAUCUCCAACCAAAAUUUUCUUCAGUUUAAAGAAAACUUGAAAUUUACAAAUAUAUGUGUUGACUAUCAUAAAUUAUUUUACAAUCUCAAUUCAUCAACUAUGUAAAUAUUUGAAAUUCUGUUCUAAAAUAUGCCAAGAAACACUUUCUAUUAUAUAUACACGAGCUGAUUAGACCUACUGGUUUUUGGAAGAAUAACUGAUUCCAAUUUGUCAAAUUUCUCUUAAUGAAACGUCUGAACAAUUUACCAUUUGCUCGGAAAAUGGCAGGUAAACCACUAUUUCAGGCUCUGUUAAAUAAUCAAGAAUAUGUACCCUUGUGCUGCAUUUUUUAUAUUAAUCUAAACAUAAUGAAUAGACCACAGUAUACGUACAAGCUUAGGUAACUUGCUUGAAAUAAAGAAAUAAAACUCAUUCAUGUUUUUAUCUAGAUUUCUGUAAAAAUAUGGUUGGUCAUUUUAACAUGUGCAAUAUGUCACCCACCACCCCCAACAGUAAAUAAUUAAUCCAUUAAAGGCCUAGUCACACUACACAACGACGUGUGACGUAAAGCAUUUUACUUUACAAGUAAAAUCUUCUGUGUUUACAGUCAAAUAUAAAGAAACUAGGGCUCAUAAUCAUUAAGGCAUAUUGUGGUAUCAUGAAUUGGUUAAACCAUCAUAUGCAGUACCAUGCAUACUUUAUUUUAAUAGAGCUAUUAACAGUUAUUCAACGCAUGUUCUUCCGUGAUGGGUAUCCUGUUUUAUCCACAAUGGCAAUAAACAGGGGUGAUUUUAAAUUGUGUGGUGAAGUAAUGAUGAUGUCAGUAAUGCAAGGUGGCCCAGCACCCAACUUCCUUGCACCACCAGUGGUCUUCUACAUUACUGGAAAACCACUUUCACCUUCAGAAAUUCAGAAAUCUGUUUAUAAAUCAGCUUGUGAAAAUGUAAGUGUAUAUUCCAAAAUCUAAUAGUCCUAUCCCUUCUGAGAAAUUCUGUUUUGUAAAGGUUCAGCUAUAUAAUUUGAUCUAGGCUACCCUAGCAGGGAUAUCUAAUUGGUACCCAUUAUUUUUUAUAUAAAGACAACUUUCAUUUGCCAGGCUGAAUUUGUUGUUUUAUAUAUAUAUAUAUAUAUAUAUAUAUAUAUAUAUAUAUAUUAGGUACUUUAUUGACCAAAUUUCAGUCUUGGUGUUCUUAAUCCUGAUGUUAUUUUUUUAAUUUUGUAUUUUUGUCUAAACAACCUAUAGCAAUGUUUAAACUAACCAGUAGACGGCCAUAAUGUCCGUGCAGAUUAAUCAGUAGACGGUCAUAAUAGCAUUUUACUCGGCUAAUCUGACCGUUAUAUCGAUCCCUGUGUGGUAUUGUAUUAAAAGUACUUGCACCUUGCCUGUGAAGGGGGUGGGGGUGUCAAAGUUACAUUUGACUUUUACCAUUUUGUAGUCUUCCAGAAAUGGUGACAGUUUUUUAUUAAUUUGAAUAUGAGGGCCAGAUCUCUUAAUGCAUGUUGGGAGAUAAGCAGCAACCUAAAUUCUGCCCUUAAUACAUAUAUUUCAAAAGCUUUUAUAACUGUAUCUUAAUUUGUAGUUGUGCAAUGCCACAAGUGAUGCAGAAGUAAAGGAGCUGCUAAUGAAAGAAGAAAUGUUAGACAUCCUCUCUGAAAUUGGAUAUAGAGGAAUUCCACAAAGAGAAACAUUAUCUGGUGUGGAAGUCAUUGUACAGUGAGUCAUCAUGUUGUGUUUGGUCCUUUACCUGUUUAAACAAUUAAUUACAGAAAACUGAGGUGCUCAGUCAAAUUAAGAAAGCCUUCAGUACUGUGAUUGACUGAGUCACUGACUUGUACGUAUAGUUUACAUUACUGAAAUAGCUCACUGUGAUAGAGCUCGCCAUUUGAAACGUUUUGGUGUUAAUUUCAUUAAAAUCGGUCAAGAGAAUCAAACGUUACGGCAGUUAACUUUCCUGUGAUCGGUACCACAUUAGAUUGUUAUAUUUUAAUUAUACUAUUAAUUCUUGGCACAAUACCCUAUUAUUUUUGCAGGUCUAUAUGUGUAAAGGAUCAGCUGAGUGAUUUUCUUCCUGCGCUCCUCCAAAUUAUGCACGGAAUAGAAGCAACUGGUUUGACAGAUGUUAUAAAGAAAUCACCAGAAAUGUGGCAACCAGUAUUUGGCAUUGGUAACUCAUUUGAGAUAACAACUAGUGAAUUUUUGGAUCAGUUGGUUGCACUAUACAGUGAGUCCCAAAGAAAAAAAAUGGCUGAGAUAGAUACUUUUAAAUAUUUUUGCGAUGCAAUUGAAAGUAUAAGUGAAGGUAGGUAGUCAAACGAAAGUACAAAUUCUGAAAUAACCUUUACCUUAUCAAAGUUUAUAAUUACCGUAAAUAAUGAAAAGGUAACAAAGAUUGAGUACGCUGGCUUAAUGUGGAUGUGUGUCAUGAGGAAUGAAACUACUUCAAAUGACAAAUUACUAUGGUUGACAUCAUUCUCGAUCCCAGAGCCAUUUCACUCGGUCACUCGAAGCCUAGGGAGGACGCGCGCGGACGAAAGGCCCUAGGAAUAGCCGAAUUCAUAUUAGGGACGGGAAACUCGUCUUAGACCGGAAACUCGUAUUAAACGGAAAACUCAUCUAAUAUGAAUCUGGGGGAAGACGAGUUUCCCGUCCGAACUUUCCCGUCUAACUUACCCGUCCAAACGGACGGGAAAGUUAGACGGGAAAACCAUCUAGACGGGAAACUCGUCUUAAAUUCUAAUUUAUCCGUCCUUAAAUUCAUAUUCAGACAGUUUUUGACAGACGAACAGACGAGUUUCCCGUCACGUAUUUAAACACUUUUAACAAAAAUCUAUAGAUUAAAUUAAUCUUUAAUAUACAAACACAAUUAUGCUUUGUAAUUUGUUUAGGUACGGCAUUGCAGCUGAAAGAUUUCUUAAAGUGGUUAACAGGAUCCUAUGAAAUACCACCACUUGGCUUUCCCAAACUGUUUUCUGUCGCAUUUGUCCAUGGUUGCCAAGAGGGAUGUGCCUGCAGACCAACAGUAUCAACGUGUGACAUAACCAUGAAACUGCCAGUGCACAUCAGGGAUGAAAUAGCAAUGAAAGAAAUGAUCGUUUCGGCUAUUCAAGACUCGUAUGGGUUUGAUUUGAUUUAG